AUGACGGCCGACCGUCCUCUGACAGUCCUUUGCGAAUUAGGAAUCGGCGCCGAGUACCCAUUGAGUGCUGUGAUUACAUCCGAGUGGUCAAGUACGCAAUCCAGAGCUACUAUGCUCUCCAGUGUAUUCCUCAUGCAACCUAUUGGACAGGCAUUAGCUCAACUAGUAGGACUCUGGGUGUUGCUUGGUUAUAAUAGCUCCAACAACCUUCAGGCUUUACAGUGUGGUCUUAACACGGCGAAUGCAGAAGAGUGCCGGAAGGCUGUCGACGGCAUUUGGCGCAUUGUCAUCGGCUCGGGGGCUAUUCCCGCCCUUCUUGCCAUCAUCUUCCGGUUUUUCCUCUUUGACUGUGGCCUAUACAGUCUCGAGGUCCGCAACAAACCCGCCGUAGCUAUUAUGAACACUCAGAGAGUAUAUGGCGCGCCUGCGGGCAGCGCUCUCGGAAACUCCUUUCAGAUGCACAAUCAAAAUGGCAUACAACCUGAACUAUCCCCUAGACCAAUGCCGAUUCAAUUCUCCAAGGAAGAUCUGUACAACUACUUCAUCAGGGAUAAAAACUGGUACUAUUUGCUGGGAACAUCUAUGACAUGGUUUGUUCUUGAUGUCAGUUUCUACGGCCUAUCUCUGGACAAUAGGAGAACCCUGUCAGAUAUGUGGGCAACCAGAGCCCCUAUGCCCAUUGACGAGAAUCUGGAGUGCUGGAAUUCGUCGAUCACCGGGGGCAAUUCAACUGUUCCGCGGUGGAAGAAGACAGGAAUUCCUGUAUGGCAAACUGACGUCCUGCACCCUUGUGCUACGAUUUAUGACGUUCUUAUUAAGCAGACAGCGCAAUAUCUGCUGACGGUCUCUAUUGCUUCCAUCGCCGGAAGCGCUUGUUUUAUUUGCUUUGCAAACCGACUGCCUCGCCGACACUGGCUCACUGCCUCUUUUCUUAUACUGGCGAUAUCCCUGAUGAUUACUGGUGGCGUGUACUAUGGCAUCCACCGCUCAGCGGCUGCACCUGCUACAGUUGUUUUUGUCGCCAUUAACCAUUUCAUAUUCAAUUUUGGUAUGUGGUCAACUCACUCGGAUUGA